AUGGAAUGCAACUAUAUCCCAAACAACCGUGAUGAGAUUCCGACACCAGAGGUCGCAAGGUCUUACAGACACAUGAGGGACAUUGAGGAGGAAAUACCCCCCUUAGAUCAGGACGCAGAGAUAACAUUGCUGGAAACAGACAUAUUUGCUAAGACAAAGCAUGACGACUCACCAGGCCUCUCCAUAGAGGAUAAGAAGUUCGUUGACAUCAUGGAGCAAGGUUUUGAAAGAGAUUCUGAAGGAUGUUGGUGUGCACCACUUCCAUUUAGAGAAAACAGACGGCUCCUUCCGAGCAAUAGAAUUCAUGCACUUCACAGGGCAAAUCUACUUACUAGAGGACUUCAAAAGGACCCAGACAAAAAACGGCAUGUCGUGGAAUUCAUGGGCAAAAUCCUGGAUAAUGGUCAUGCUGAGAUUGCGCCACCACUUUCUUCUCCAGAGGAGGAACACUGGUACCUGCAUCUUUUUGCAGUUUACCACCCCAAGAAAGGAAGCGUCAGAUGCGUGUUUGAUUCAUCGGCACAGAUUCAAGGACUCAGUCUCAACAGCAUUCUCUUGACCGGACCAAACUUGGUUAAUAGUCUACUUGGAAUCCUGUUAAGCAUGUCACAGAAACUACUUACGAUUCUUUUGGCACAAAGACAACGAUACAGAGAAAGAACUUACAGAGUACAGGAUGAAGAGACAUAUACAGUCGAAGAAGCGGUCAACUUACUCUCAAAAACACAGAAAACUCUUAAGGAGGAAGGGAACAUCAGGCUGCAUAAACUUGCCUCCAAUGACCCAAAGGUAUGCAGUGCAUUUCCAACGGAUGACCUAGCCAAAGAACUCAAGAAUCUGAACCUAGAUUUAGAUGAAACCCCCCUUCAACGGACCCUUGGUGUGAGCUGGAAUGUGUCCACAGACAUGUUUACAUUCCAAGUGUCGCGUACUCUUCAUCCGUAUACAAAAAGGGGAGUACUUGCAACUAUUAAUAGCCUUUAUGACCCAAUUGGAUUCCUUGCACCUGUUAUAGUCAAAGGAAAAAUGAUACUACGGGACUUGAUGGCUGAGAAAUUGGACUGGGAUGACCCUCUCCCUAAGGAUCAGUACUCUCUAUGGUGUGAGUGGCGAGAGUCAUUGCCAGCGUUAGAGGAUAUAGCAAUACCAAGGGUUUAUGCGUACAUCAAUAGUGCAGAAGUCUCGCGCAGAGAACUACACAUAUUUGCCGAUGCAUCACAAAAGGCAAUUGGUGCAGUGGCGUAUAUGAAGACUUUCAAGGCAGACGGCACCCUUCAUGUGGGAUUUGUCCAGGCAAAGGCAAAGGUUGCACCUAUACAUGGGCACACAAUUCCACGUCUGGAAUUGUGUGCAGCUGUGUUAGCAUCUCAACUGAAACUUACGAUUUUGAACAACCUAGAUGUUGAAAUAGCUGCCACGACCCUGUAUUCAGAUAGCAAGGUAGUACUCGGGUAUAUCAACAACGAAAGCAGACGAUUCUACAUAUAUGUGGGAAAUAGAGUAGAGAAAGUACGUCAGGCGACAUCUUGUCAUGAGUGGAAAUAUUGUCCUAUAUAUCAGAACCCCGCUGACAUUGCCACCAGGUCAAUCAAGCCUCAGGACCUUCAAGAAAGCAGAUGGUUAUGUGGACCCCAUUUCCUUAGGAACACAAAAGAUGAAAGGUAUAUUCCCAGUGAAUCAGGAAAUCCCAAUGACAGAUUCCCAUUGGUUGAUGUGGAACAAGAUAAGGAGGUGAGACCUAUUGUGAAGACCUUGCAUACCGCUUGUAAGGAUGAAGUAUACCACCCCUGGUGUGAGCGAUUUAAGAAUUUCUCCUCUUGGAUCGGACUGGUCAGAGCUAUUGCGCGACUGCAGCACCUUGCUCAGUCCUUUAACAAGUCUAGUAGCUGCGUGGGAUGGCACUAUUGUUCAGUCCCAAAGAGUGCUGAAGCUUACAAAAGAGCAGAAGAAUUCAUUAUUAAGGCAGCCCAGAGAGAUUUCUUCCCGGAGGAAGUUGAGAGCCUUAUGGAGGGGAGAGAAAUUAAGAAAGGAAACGCUAUCUUGGCCUUGUCACCGUUUUUAGACUCCCGAGGACUUCUCCGAGUUGGAGGAAGAUUGAAGCGUGGAACCAAAUCACUUCGACAGAUUGAAACUUGCCCUAUUUUGAUACCGAAAGGAAGUCAUUUAGCAAACUUAUUAGCUCUACUUUGUCAUGAACAGGUCUUUCAUCAAGGUCGACGCCUCACUGGAGGGAAACUUCACAGCAUGGGAUUCUGGAUUGUAGGAGAGAAAAGGUUAAUCAACAGUCUUCUGGGGAAAUGUGUCAUCUGCAAGAAACUGCGUGGUACAUUCUGCUCUCCUAAAAUGGCCGAACUUCCUGAAGACCGUUUAAGUCCUGGACCCCCUUUUACCUACGUCGGAGUAGAUGUAUUCGGCCCUUGGAGCAUAACCGCACGCAAAACCAGAGGAAGUCAUGUAACGCAGAAAAGAUGGGCUGUACUUUUCACGUGUUUAACCAGCAGGGCGGUCCACAUUGAAAUCUCGGAAGAACUCAGCACCUCAAGUUUUAUCAAUGCAAUGAGGCGCUUUAUCGCCAUUCGAGGACCAGUCAAGAUCUUCAGAUCAGAUCGUGGCACCAAUUUUAUCGGUGGAGUCAAAGAGUUGGGCAUGAAGAAUGUUGUGACCGAAGAUACCUCCAUCAAGAACUUCUUAGCGGAAAACGGCUGUGUUUGGAUUUUCAACCCACCACAUGCUUCCCAUUUCGGAGGCGUGUGGGAGCGGAUGAUCGGAAUCGCGCGAAGGAUUUUAGAUGGGAUCUUGCUUUGCAAAAAGUACAUCAAAGAUCUUACUCAUGAAGUGCUUGUUACCCUCAUGGCCAAAAUCAGCGCUGUCAUGAACUCCAGACCAAUUGCUGCAAUAUCCACAGAUCCUGAUGACCCAUCCAUAUUAGCGCCAUCCAGUCUUUUGACCCAAAAGGUUGGAACACCACCAGAUGACAUUCCUCAGUUUGGUAUCAAAGACAUAUAUAAGUCAAAGUGGCAGAGAGUCCAGGUGAUGGCUGAUGAAUUCUGGAAAAAGUGGCAGAAAGAGUACCUGACGGGACUUCAGACCAGAAGAAAGUGGGCGACGGACCAACCUAACCUAAAGACAGGUGACAUUGUUCUGUUACGCGAGUACGAUUCUGGACGCAACUCAUGGCCGACUGCCAUGGUCAAACAGACUUUUCCGGGAGCUGAUGGAAGAGUGCGAGAAGUGGAGGUCCGUUUGUGUAGAGGAGAGAAAGUGGUCACUUACGUUCGUCCCGUUCAUGAACUUGUGCCGUUGAUCACUGAUUGA